CACACUCCGCGAUCUUCCUCCACUGUUUUCCCGCUCUUGGAAGCGCUCUCAGAGGCCCCCCCGGCGCAAACCCCUCCCAGCCCUCUGAGAUGGGAGGAAGUCAGGCCAGCCGGUCGAGAGAGCCAGCGCGGAGGGGCUCUGAGAGCUCGACCCUCGAUCCUCGACCCUCGUCUCUCUCGAGGAGGCCUGGCCGAUGGCCUCUCGACUGUUUCGCAGGGCCCUGGCCCUUGGCGGAACGGGCGCGUCGCAGCCGCAGGGCUGCUUGCGGCCACCGUCCGCUUCGCUUGGCGGCCAACAAAUACGAGCUCGCUUCCGCAACGCAGGCGCGACUACACUGCUAUAUAGUGUUCAGUAUUCGCGUGGCUCGAUUCGUUUUGUUGUUGCUUGGGCACUAUGUUCCCGUUGGCCGCUCACCAGCUUCCUGAUGCUGUGCGUCGCAUCGCGACGCCGACGGCGGGUGCCAGCUUGGAAGCGACUCGUGCAUUUCGAAAGGGGGAUAUUCUUUGGUCAGAACCUCCUUUAAUGAGUUUGCGUCAUUCUUUCAGUCAGAGAUGUACCGAUUCUUGUGGACAGUGCAUGCGGCCAUUGGGAACGCUGAGUUCGGCUCUGAGCCGAUUGCUUUCGCUUCAGGACAAGCCGAAUGCUGAUUACAGAAUUAUCGAACGUCUUCUUAACGACAAAACCUCAGACUCUCUGUUAUCGAAGCACAUACCAUGUCCACGUGGAUGCAACACGUGCUUUUGUAGCACGCAGUGUGCAACUGAGGCAAGUGCGUCAUGGCAUGGAACUUUGUGCAGUUUGCGAGGCCAGCAACGAGUUGCUUGGGGAGAGUUUGUCCAGUUUGCCAUGAGGCACUGCGAAGGUUUUAUCUUAGCAGGUCUUGUUUAUGCAGCUGUCAUUUCCGACAUCGAGAGAGGAUGCCUUUUAGAAUCUUCGAUGCGACGGUUCUGGUGUUUCGAAAAUGAGCAGAUUCCUUGGCCAGAUAUUGCCAGAUUCGGGGUAGACCUUCGUGGGGAGAUGUCAACACAAGAUUGGCAUGCUCGACGUGCUGUUGCUUUGAAAGAGUCCUUCCAGCUGUUGUGCAUGGCAUUGCAGCCAGAAGCAGAACAACAAUCUCCAAAUGUCGAAGUUUUGUUUGACGAAACUCUGUAUUCAAAGCUCUGUGGACAAAUUGAGCUUACCACUAUCUGGAUAUCUGUCCCUAUCACUCCUUGUUUGAGAAACGACCGCAUGCAUCCCAAACUGAUGGCAGAAAUCAAGCGUAGUGGCAUCGAUAUGCUCUUCAAAUCAUUAGUGUUGAAAGCUCAAGAGGCCGACAAUGAGUACCGAGUGCCGAUGCGACCCGCAGAUGGUGAAACGAGAAGUUUCACAUUGUCGGAUGCUUUGGAUCGAUUGCGAAAUGAAAGUGUAAAGAACAGUGACCACUGUAACGUUUUCCCAGAUGUCCAGGGUAUGGGAUUCUUCAAGCAUAUAUCUUACAUUAACCACAGUUGUUGUCCGAACGUAGUUCUCGAGUACCGCAGCAACAGCAAUGCCGCCUCCGUCGUAGCAUGCCGGGAUGUGAAUGAUGGAGAUGAGCUCUCGUUAGCUUACUUAGAUUUCACGGUUCCCUGGAGACUUGGUGAUCGUCACAAGCAUUUGUUGGAAGGUUACGGUUUCGUUUGUACAUGCGAUCGAUGUGUCGGAGAGGCGAAAGAGUUUGAUUGUGUCGCGCGGGGCAAGAAGCGGAAGUACGAAGCUCAUACCCGCGGUCUUGAGUUUCGAGCAGCCAGAACUAUUCUUGGUAGAAUAGACGAUCGUGUUCGUUUUGAUGCAAACAGUUCUCCUUGACAUAAUCGUUGUGCCCAACACGCAGCUGG